GUCUGCAAACAAGUUACAAAACACAGGAGUCCAGUGCGUGUUUUGUCCUGUCGUGAACGAUAAACAGACGCAUAAGGUCGAUUUUAUUGUAGUAUGUGAACGAAUGGAUCCUGCGGCGACCACGACAUCGUUGCAGAGCGACUGUGAGACUCCUUCGAAUUCGGUUUGGAGCUGGUGGCCAUCCUGGCGUCCAACAUCUAUGUCCCUUUUGAAGACCACUGAAGCAAAGAUUCUUAAUUGUAUUCAGAACGACCUCUGGGCCAGAUUUGUGACUCUCCCUAGCCAGGACAGAAUAUGGACUCUGACGCUCACCAACAAAGCCGUCAGAAAACCAGUAGAGCAAGCUGCCAAGACGCCCCUGGUGAUGGUCCACGGCUUUGGAGGAGGCGUCGGCUUGUGGAUCAGGAACCUGGACUCGCUCAGCAGAUCACGGCCGGUCUACGCCUUUGACCUUCUUGGCUUUGGAAGAAGCUCCAGACCUUCGUUCCCCUCAGAUGCGGAAAAGGCAGAGGAGCAGUUUGUCAACUCAAUAGAGCAGUGGAGACAGUCAGUUGGUCUGGAGAAGAUGAUUCUGCUGGGCCACAGUCUUGGAGGAUACCUAGCUACGUCGUACGCCAUCCAGUACCCAUCCAGAGUGUCCUCUCUUAUCUUGGUGGAUCCAUGGGGUUUUCCGGAGCGACAGAAGAACCAGAACCAGUCGGGUGACCAGUCGGGGAUGGCAAAGAGGCAGUCUCCUCCACGCUGGGUCAAAGCAAUCGCAGCUGUGGUCUCCUUGUUUAAUCCGUUGGCUGUCAUCAGAGCGGCAGGACCCUGGGGUCCAGGUUUGGUGAACAGAUUCAGGCCCGAUUUCAAGAGGAAGUUUGAGGAUAUGUUUGACGACGACACCAUGACCCAGUACAUCUAUCACUGUAACGCCCAAACCCCCAGCGGUGAGGUGGGAUUCCGAGCCAUGGCCGAGUCCCUGGGUUGGGCCAAGAAGCCCAUGCUGCACCGGAUUCAUCUGCUCCCAGACUCCAUGCCGCUCACCCUGGUGUAUGGAGCGCGGUCCUGGGUGGACAGCUCUUCUGGGGACGCAGUGGUCCAGAUCAGGGACAAAGCCCCGACCCAAGUGUUGCUGAUCGACGACGCCUCCCACCAUGUGUACGCCGACCAGCCGCAGCAGUUCAACAGAGCAGUGGAGCGCAUUUGUGAAUCUGCUACCUGAAUGUGCUGCACGUCUGCAUUCGCCCUUCAGUUUAAUUGCUUUUCAAUCUGCACAAGACAAUGUACUGUAUCCUCAUCAGAGUUUUAUUUUCGUAUGUGGCAUAUAUAUAUAUAUGUGUGUGGCAUGACCCGUGUUUAUUUAUCAAACCCUUAUGCAGAAUCAUUUGUGCUUAAAUAUUACCCUCAUGUUUAUAAAAAAUAGAAAAUCAAGAAGGACUGUACGUUGAGUUAGUCAUAUAUAUAUAUAUAUAUAUAUAUAUAUAUACAUAUAUAUAUAUAUAUAUAAUUUUAUUUUUUUGUGCCUCAGUACUCGAGUCCUUGGAUGUCAGGUAUCAGCAAUAUGUCUGUGUUUUAUAC